GUCCAUCCCCUUGACUAUAUCCUCCUCACUAUUAAUUCUUUCCCCUGUAUCUUCCCAUUUCAUUUCCUCAUUCUCUACCUAAGAGAAAUACCUCUCAAGAGUUAUACUUUGAUAAGUUUCUUGUCCUAAGAAGAAAUGGCAUCACGUUCAAUGUCUUCUCGGGGUUCUGGCUCCUGGACUGCCGAGGAAAACAAGGCUUUUGAGAAGGCCCUAGCGGUGUACGACAAGGACACGCCUGACCGUUGGAAUAAUGUUGCCAAGGCCGUUGGAGGGAAAACACCGGAGGAAGUGAAAAGGCAUUACGAGCUCCUGGUGGAGGAUGUCAAGCACAUUGAGUCAGGCCAAGUGCCCUUCCCCAACUACAGGACUGCUGGUGGGAGUAGUCAUAGCCAAUGAAGAGAAAAGGAUGAAAAAUCUAGGGCUCCAUUGAACUCAAGGCUUGCCCUGUCAGGUCACCUGCAAUAAAGAUCCAUUACCCCAGCUUCAAAUAUCAGAUAUAGUCAUCUUAUAAAUAGUAGUAUGUACGAGAAGAAUCCAGUACUAGUGUUUCUAUCUUCUCUUCUCAUUUCCAGUUAUGAUCUCUCUAUUUCUUUUGACAAUUAAAUGCAUUUAUUAUUAAACAUAUAGAGGAAGAGACAUAGAAAUUGUCACUUACUUCCUCACAUGUUUUAUGGUGUAAGAAAUUCUGUUGUUGAAG